AUGAAAAGGCAAACUCCCAUUGAUGAAGUAUUACCACUACCUCAUAAAAAGGUGAAACCACAAUCUCCCAUUGAUGAAGUAUUACCACUACCUCAUAAAAAGGUGAAACCACAAUCUCCCGUUGAUGCAGUAAUACUACUACCUCCUACAAGGGAGAAAACGCAAUCCCCCAUUGGACAGACAUCGUGGUUUUCAUUCAAUUCUAUUAUCACGUUACAGCACAUAGCAGUGAUCUCUUCAUGGAUUGAUCGACAUUCAACAACUUAUGAUAUUACCGAUAUUCCAUAUAAAUUUAUAUUGUUAUUUAAGGGCAAUAAGGAUGAAUUCUCAGAGAAUACAUUCCAUAAACUAUGUGACAACAUACAUGGUACUAUUGUCGUUGCAAAGGUCAGUGGUGCAAACGAGUUACUUGGCGGUUACAACCCUCUUAUCUGGAAAGAAUCUAGAACGGAUUGUUCUGCGCAGACAGCUGAUAGUUUUAUUUUCUCUUUACAAAGUAAUAAUAGUGAUGAAACUAUUAUUAGCCGUGUAAAAAAUAGAAAAAACGCAAUUUGUUAUGGUACAGAAAGAAAUGGCCCAGGGUUUGGUCGUGGUGACCUUAGAAUGGGUAGUAACAGAAAUGAUUCAUUCUGGUAUUGUAAGCAGAAAGAUUAUGAAAUUCCAAUUAGAAAAAUUAGCGAAAGCGAAUGGUUUACUGUAGAUGAAUUUGAAGUGUUUCAAGUUCGUAGACUAGUUACAAAUUAA